GCGGGGCGCGGGGCGCAGUCUCGCGAGAGCUGCCGGCCCGCCGGCGCCCCCCGGCCCGCUCCCUCACGCUGACAUGGUCGCCGGCGAUGGACCCUCCCAGGACAGGAAACCCUUACCAGCCCGCCAUUGAAGCUUUGGAAAGCCACCCCGAGAAAAAGUUUUACAACGUGUCGAAGCUCGGAGGCGCCAAGUAUGACAGUCUGCCUUACUCCAUCCGAGUGCUGUUCGAGUCCAGCGUCCGGAACUGCGACGGCUUCUUGGUGAAAGAAACGGAUGCUAUGAACAUCUUGGACUGGAAAACAAAACAGAGCCAUGUCGAAGUGCCCUUCUGUCCUGCCAGAGUUGUUCUUCAGGACUUCACUGGGAUUCCAGCAAUGGUGGAUUUUGCUGCCAUGAGGGAAGCUGUGAGAAAUGCUGGAGGAGAUCCGGUGAAAGUCAAUCCUGCCUGCCCGACUGAUCUCACUGUUGACCAUUCUCUGCAGAUUGAUUUCAGCAAAUGGCCUGAGACAGUAUUGAAAAAUCAAGAGAUGGAAUUUGGCAGAAAUAGAGAGAGGCUUCAGUUUUUUAAGUGGAGUUCAAAAGUUUUUGAGAAUAUUUCCAUAAUUCCACCCGAGACUGGAAUGGCACACCAAGUGAACUUGGAAUAUUUGUCCCGAGUGGUUUUUGACGUGAAGGAUUUGCUGCACCCCGAUAGUGUGGUUGGCACAGACUCACACAUGACUAUGGUCAAUGGCUUGGGUAUCUUGGGCUGGGGCGUUGGGGGCAUCGAGGCGGAGGCGGUGAUGCUGGGGAUGCCGCUCAGCCUGCCCCUGCCCCACGUGGUGGGCUGUGAGCUCACGGGCACUGCCAGCCCCCUGGCCACCUCCAUCGACAUCGUCCUCAGCAUCACCAAGCAUCUUAGACAAGUUGAUGUCGCUGGAAAAUUUGUUGAGUUUUUUGGGAGUGGUGUUUCCCAACUGUCCAUAGCAGACCGAACCACAAUAGCAAAUAUGUGUCCUGAAUAUGGUGCUAUUCUGAGUUUUUUCCCUGUUGAUAAUGUGACAUUGGAGCACUUAAAGCAUGCAGGUUUUGAUAAGGCCAAGCUUGAAGUCACAGAAGCGUAUCUUAAAGCUGUGAAGUUAUUUAGAAGUGAUGAGAGUUCUUCCAGAGAGCCUGAGUAUUCCCAGGUGGUGCAAGUUAGUCUAGGUUCUAUAAUUCCAUAUGUCAGUGGCCCCAAGAGAUCCCAAGAUAGAGUGGCUGUUAAUAACAUGAAAAGUGACUUCCAAGCCUGCUUAAAUGAAAAGUCUGGUGUCAAAGGGUUUCAGAUUGCAGCUGAGAAGCAGAAUGACACUGUGCCUGUUGAGUAUGAAGGAAAUGAAUACAAGCUGUCCCACGGCUGCGUUGUCAUUGCUGCAGUCAUCAGCUGUACAAACAAUUGCAAUCCAUCUGUCAUGCUUGCUGCAGGACUGCUGGCCAAGAAAGCUGUUGAGGCUGGCCUGGCAGUGAAGCCCUACAUCAGAACAAGUCUGUCCCCUGGCAGUGGCAUGGUUACACAUUACCUCAGUUCCAGUGGAGUGCUGCCAUACCUCAGCAAGCUUGGGUUUGAGGUUGUUGGUUAUGGGUGUUCCACCUGUGUUGGGAACACGGCCCCUUUGCCAGAAGCCAUCAGGAAUGCAAUAAAACAGGGUGAGAUCAUUGCCUGUGGGGUGCUCUCUGGCACAAAGAACUUUGAGGGCCGCCUGUGUGACUGCGUCCGUGCCAACUACCUGGCGUCCCCUCCGCUGGUCGUGGCCUACGCCAUCGCGGGCACCGUGCGCAUCGACUUCGACAGCGAGCCCUUGGGCACCGGCUUUGAUGGCAAAAGCAUUUACUUACGAGACAUUUGGCCCACCCGCCAAGAACUUCACACAGUGGAGGAAGAGUGUGUGAUAUCAUCCAUGUUUAGGGAGUUGAAAGAAAAGAUGGAGAAAGGAAACAAACGAUGGAAUUUACUGGAAGCACCAGAGUCAACUUUAUUUCCCUGGGAUUUGAAAUCUACUUAUAUUAGAUGUCCUUCCUUUUUUGAUAAACUUGCCAAAGAAGCAGCUCCCCCAGCAGCAGUGGAGAACGCGCACGUGCUGCUGUUCCUGGGAGACUCUGUCACCACGGAUCACAUCUCCCCCGCCGGCAGCAUCGCCAGGAGCAGUGCUGCUGCCAAGUACCUGAGCAGCAGAGGACUCACACCUCGUGAAUUCAACUCUUAUGGGGCUCGAAGAGGUAAUGAUGCUGUGAUGACGAGAGGCACCUUUGCAAAUAUCAAGCUUCUGAAUAAGUUCAUAGGAAAACCAGCUCCUAAAACAGUUCACUUCCCAUCAGGACAAACGCUGGAUGUGUUUGAAGCAGCGGAGCUGUACCAGAAGGAGGGCAUUCCUGUCAUUAUUCUAGCAGGAAAGAAGUAUGGACUGGGUAGCUCAAGAGACUGGGCUGCAAAAGGACCUUUUUUACUGGGUGUUAAAGCUGUCCUGGCUGAGAGCUAUGAGAAGGUUCAUAGGAGUCAGCUGAUUGGAAUUGGCAUUGCUCCUCUUCAGUUUCGUCCUGGGGAAAAUCCAACUACUUUGGGACUCACUGGCAGAGAGCAAUUCUCUAUAAUGUUCCCUCCAGACCUGUCGCCCAGAAUGACUUUGGAUGUUAAGACAAGCACUGGAAAAGUAUUCAGCGUGAUUGCCUUGUUUGAAAACAGUAUGGAGAUAACUUUAUACAAGAAUGGUGGAAGUCUGAACUUUGUGGCUCGAAGAUUCUUAUAGUAGCUACUGACUCUGGGUACCCUGCAUAACUGGUAACUCAGCCAUGCCUUGUGUGAACCCAGGAAUCUGUACUGUGGAACUGCAAACAGUCCUAGUGUGCUCAAAGUUACUUCGUCCAUGGAUGUAAAAGAUUGUGAAUCAUUGUAACUGCAACAAAAUCCUUUCUGAUUUUAAAUAAUAUUCUAAUGGUGCUAUUAAACAUUGCUAAAAUCAACAUGUGUAUUGUGACAAGAGAGCUGUAAGUAUGGAGGGGAUGUUUUAUCAGACCAUUUUGUAAAUAAACUAUGCGAAAUUGAAACUGAUUGUGCUGAAGAUUAUUAUGUAAGAAGAUUUCCUGCAGUUGUUUCCACUCAGUUUUUGCACCUGUAAAUCUGUGUACUGCUGUUAGUUGGUUUAAGGGUAGCAGAUGGCAUGGAAUCCUAAAGACCAAACAGAUUUAAUUAUUUUUCUCAUCCAGAGCUUAAAAAAGAUACUGAGUUUUCAAUUUCUUUAGGUCAUAGGUUGAAAAAAAAGAAGUCUACAUAAGGCCCGUGGUAUCCUGUAUCACAGAUGAUGACUUCCUUACCUUUAUGGGAUUAUAUUUCAUCUGGAUCCAGACUUAAACAGCUUAAGCUAUGAAAUAUGUGAAAUACUGUGUGCUUAGAAAUAUGGGAAACAUUU